UGAGGGAAAGAACAACACGUAAAGCACUAAAGAAGGAGGAGUUUCUCUUCAAACUGCAUUCAGACAAAAUGAAAAUCACUUUCACAUGUUUGGCCAGUUUUGUGGCCACCUUUGGUGUCCUCAGCUUUGUUGGUCUCGUUCUGGCAAUUGGAACCGAUUUUUGGUACAUCAUUGACACUUCUAAGAGAGAAAACAGCUCAUCUGUGUCUCUGAGCUCACAUUCUGGACUGUGGAGGACUUGUAACUUUCAUAACCAAUGCUGGCCAUUUAUGAAUCCUUUUGGAACAGGAAGAAACUUAUCAGAAUCGCAAAGGCAGAUCCUAAACAUGCAAGGAACGUUCAUCGUGCUGCUGCCUCUCAGUGUGAUCGUGCUGUUCAUCGGAGGAAUGCUGGGCUUCAUCAGUAUGUUGGCACGAGCCUACCUCCUGCUCCUCCUGACCGGGGUGCUGCUUCUGUUCGGUGCUGUGCUCUCAGUGGCUGGUGUUUGUGUCUACAUGGCUUACUCUGCGGCCGCCUUCAAAGAGGCUGUAGACAUCUCUGGCCACAAAACCCUGGAGGACAUCGAGAUUUACUAUGGCUGGUCUCUGAUUCUAGCCUCUGUUUCUUUCGUUGGAGAACUCUGUACCGCCGUGGCGUUCCUGCUCACCUCAGCCAGAGUGAGCCAGCUGACCAAUCAGGAAGACCGUGAAUACUGACCUGCUCUGAAUCAGGACUGAUGUAAGGACAGGAGAGGAUUACACCACAUGAACACACUGAAAGUGACACACAAACACUCAAAACUAAAUCAAUGUUUACAUAUUUAUAUUUUAAAAGGAUGCUUUUUAAAAUGCAGGGGUUUGUGAAAUGUAUUAUAGAAACACCAAUGCUAAACUAAAUUAAUAAAAAUGUAUAAUAAUAAUAAUCAUUCUUAUAAUAAUAGGUAACACUUUAGUAUAGGGACCAAUUCUCACUAUUAACUAGUUGCUUAUUAGCAAUUACAUAUUGGCAGUUUAUUAGUGUUUAUAAAGCACAUAUUCUACAUGACUAUAUUCUACAUCCCAGAUCCUUCUCAAAACCUGAAUUGAACAACUAUCUAACUGUUAAUAAGCAGCAAAUUAGGAGUUUAUUGAGGCAAAAGUCAUAGUUAAUGGUUUGAAUUGAGCCUUAAAAUAAAGCGCGACUUAAUAAGAAUAAUAAAUACACGUGAAAAUAUAAAAAUAUCUUCAAGUAACUAAUAAAGGUGGUUGAGCUGACAAAAAAGCUUUGGGAACCAUGAUGUAGAGAAGCAACUUUUGUCAAAUAUUGCAACUGAUUUUUUUUUUCCCCAGUAUAUUUGCAUAUUGUCUUUUAAUUAUGCUAAUUGUGUUCACUUUGUCUGUUUAGUACGUUGUGUCUCUCUGGGAUUUUUUCAAAUCAAAAUAAAAGAUGAGUUUUGCCUCUG